AUGACUAAGAAGGCGUAUGAAAAAGCCCGGAUCCAGUCAACUAAUCAGGAUAGAUUAAUCGAGUCUUUAAAGAAUGAAAAGAGGAAGCGCUCACGUGGGAAAAGGCUUGAUUUGAGUGGUGUAGCAACUAGGGGAGCCCAAUUCUUUUCCACAGAGGAGAUCCUAGCUACUAAAGCACGUGCCAGGGCCAAGGAGGAACAGGAACAAGCUGAACAAGCUGAAAAGGCAGAGAAUAAGAGGGCAAAAAAGGCUAGGCAGGUAGAGGAAGCCUUACAAAAAGAGAUAAGUCGAAAAGAGGCAAAGGAUAAGAGAGAGCGUAGACGUGCUGCUCAGGCUCAAGCCAAGGCAGUAAGUCAGGACUUCCAGCUCGGGGCCAGGGCUAAAAACACAGCUAAAAAGGCUCAAAAACCGGGAUCCAAGUCCUCGGAAGCUGCUAAAGCUCAGGAAGUAGUAGAAAAAGGUGGUGAUACAAGCAUUGAGUCGAGUACAGAGAUAGGUAGGGUAGUUGACCUCCCUGUGCGACUUGGCCGCCACAGACGACAAAUCCGGCUACCACAGCGAUUUGAUUAA